AAAGGAAAAAAGGAAAAAAGGAAAAAAGAAAAAGCACCAGCCUUUUGCGGGUUUCAAAACAAUAUACAAAUUCAAACGUUUAAACAAAGCUCUAGAAGGUUUAGAAGGUUAAGGAGUUUUGGGCUUCCGACCAUAAGCUUGUCUCUCUGAUACAACAUUUCUUUGCAUCGUAAUAGUUUUCCAAGAAAUCAUUCAAUUCUUGAGUAAACACUACAUUUCCGUUGACAAAUCCCUUAAAAAAUUCCGCCCUCUUUUCUCAUAAUUUGGACUACAAAAAUUUAUCACGGCCACGGGUUUUCAUUUAUCUCAUUCUUGAUUUUCUUACAUUCUCUUCAAAUUUCCGUCCUCUUUGCAUAAAAUUUGGACUGCAAAAAUUUAUCACGGUCACGGGUUUUCUUUUAUCUUAUUCUUGAUUUUCUCUUCAAAACUAAACUGGAUCAUCUCUGGCAAGAUUUUUACCUAAUAUUAGAGAUCCUCUAGUAAAUUUUGGCGGAGCUCCGGAUCAAUUGAUAAAUAGGCAUGGCUUUCAGGUUAUUAGCAGCGUUCAGGCGGGGUGUGAGUCCUUUUUCAUCUAAAUAUCAGACUUAUCCAGUGUACAAGCCCUGUGGCUUUUCUAAGUACUCAAGGAAACGUUUUGGAAAAGUUGCCACAUCUGUUGUUUUGUUGGCUGCUGCUAGUAUAGGAGCCCUAUGGCCUGAAAGGUCCAACGGUUCCGUUGCAAAUGGCUUUUCAGAGAUAGCAGUAAAUUUGUCCCCACAGCUUCAUUGCUUUUUAAAAGAUUUGUGGCAGAAAAAAAUAGAGUAUAACUAUCAAUCUGCGACACUGACAGAUAUUUCCACAUCAGUGGAUUGGUGUAGAAGGUUCAUAAUUGAUAAACUGCGUACAAGUUCACAGUAUUUAAAUAGCUUUCAAGCAGACUCCCAAAAUGGUGUGGACACAGGGCCAGAUUCAAAAUAUUUAACAAGGAGUUCUAUUGCUGAUGCUGCUGCCAAAGUUGCUCCAGCAGUCGUCAAUUUGACCAUGACACAAGGUCACAUGGGCUUAUUUUUAGGGCGUUCUACUGGAUCUGGGACAAUUAUAAAUUCAAAUGGUAUAAUUCUAACAAAUGCACAUGUAAUAGCAGACCUUACAAGUGGAGGAGUUGCUCACAAAGGAAAGAUUACUGUUACUUUACAAGAUGGGCGGAGCUUUGAAGGAAAAGUUAUCAAUGCAGAUUUUCAAACUGAUAUUGCUAUUAUUAAAAUCUAUACAAAUUCUCCAUUGCCAGUGGCAAAACUUGGUUCUUCCAGCAAACUGCGAGCAGGGGAUUGGGUUAUAGCUUUGGGAAGCCCUCUCUUUCUCCAUAAUACUGUCACAGCUGGAAUUGUGAGCUGUGUAGAUCGCAAAAGCAGUGAGCUCGGCCUGGGAGGACGCAGUGAAUACUUACAAACAGAUUGCCCACUCAAUGAGGGAAACUCUGGUGGACCAUUGGUAAAUCUUGAUGGUGAAGUGGUUGGUGUGAACACAUUGAAGUUACCUGGUGCUGAUGGAAUGGCAUUUGCCAUUCCUAUAGAUUCUGCCAUAAAGAUUGUUCAACAGUUCAAUAAACAUGGAAGAGUUGUGCGCCCAUGGCUUGGGAUGAAGAUGCUUGAUCUGAAUGAACUCAUUGUUUCUCAACUUAAAGAGAGAGACCCAUCAUUUCCUGAUGUAGUCGAAGGUGUUCUUGUGCCACAGGUUGUUCCGGGGUCUCCUGCUGAUAGAGCUGGAAUUCGUACUGGAGAUGUUGUCAUUCAAUUUGACGGAAAACCAAUUAAAAGUGUAAAGCAGAUUGUUGAGAUGCUGGGGGACAAUGUUGGUGUAGCUUUCAAGAUAGUGGUUAAGCGAGCAAGCAAUCUGCAAGUUACUUUGACUAUAGUGCCCGAGGAAAUAAGCCCAAAUUUUUAACUCGUAGAAUGGAUAAUAUGGAUCAUUCUCCAUAUAGAAUCAAUAUCUCAUAUUACACACCUUUUGGGCUCAAUAUAAACUUAGAAGGCAUUGUUUAUUUCCAUUAGUCCUAAGGUUGCGAUGUGUUUGCAGAUCUACCUAUUUUGAUUGGUGUCAUUGUAAAGUCCAACACUUUCCAUGUGUUCAAAGCCCUAUGAUAUCUUUUGACAUCUAGAAAAAAUAUAAACAAACUAUAUAUAUGGGUUCUAGAAAUUGUGGGAACAUUAUCGUUGACAUACGCUAGUGAAUGCACCGAUGCAUAUGAAUUAUGUACACAGUGCUUGUGUUUUUACACUAGAUGUUCCCAAUGCGAAAUGGCUUAAAUACCAUUUAGUUUAUCAUUUGGAUGCUA